UCAUCUGUCAGAUUUUUGUUGAAAGGUAUUAGAUUUUGUAAGUUUUGUAAGUUUUGUAAUACAUUUAUUUAAUAUACUAUGAGCUUUCUUAUUGAAGAACUCCUCAAAACAGAAAAUUUUAUUUUAAAUAAAGCGAAGAUUCCGGAAACAGCAGAAAGUUCUGAAGAAGUACCGGACAAAAACGUAAGCUCUCAAGAAUUACCUACGGCUCCGGCAAAAAGAGAAAGAACACAGUCUAAAUAUCUAUCAAUCGAUAAAAAAUAUCUUAAAAAUGAUUUAGAGUUUACAGACAAUAUAAAAAGGGAACGUCUGCUAAGAAAAGACACUGUUGCAGUCGUCCAGCAGAUGAGGAAUACUUUACCUAAGUACACCAUCUCAGAAAUACGUGAAUUUAGAUUACCAUAUCAUGAAGCGCUUAUUAUAAAUUUACAAGAUAGUGGUUUUCUCAGCGCUUCUUCGUAUGUCAAGGAUUUAAUCGACUAUCAAGAAAACAUGAGAAAAUCCGCUGAACCUGGAAGUAACAUUUUAAUAUUGCCCCAAAUAAAGUUCGCAAAAGAAGAACUUGUAAUUCUAUCACAGUCGUUGAAAGCCGCUGAACAGUUUCAUUUCGAAGGGGCGUACUCUGAGGAAUGCCAAGAGUUCCUAAACCUUGCUGUCUCAUUUGGGUUUGGCGACCCUAAUUGGUGGUGGCUAGGAGAACAACUUAUAUUGCAAUCCAUACGUGUUUCUUCUGAAUAUUCCAAGGUCAUAGGACAUAAAUAUGAAGCUCUAAGUAGGUACGCUUAUGCUAGAUUUUUAAUGGACAAUGUGAAAGAGUUUCAAAACGCAGAAAAACAGCUACGAAUUACAAGAAAUCUGACUCAAGAUAAGGUGUGGACAGGCAAAACUUACUUUCCUGAAGAACGAGGAACGUUAUAUAUGCAGACGAAUCGAGCAAUAUUUGAUUGCUUACUUAAGGAAGUAAAGGCUAUUAUGGGGACAGAUGUGGAGAAGGCCAUCAUUUUAGCAGACCAAGCUAGACGUAGGGCAGCAGAAGCUUGCUUUAGGCUUGGAGAAACAAAGGCGUUAGUUUUAAAAGGAAUAUGCGAGCUCGAAAUGAAACGUGCAAAAUCUGCAAUAAAUUCAUUUUUAAGAGCUUUGGGGAUACAGGAACGUUGGGGUACCAUAGAAGGAAUAUGCAAGAUAAAAAUUCAUCUAGCAAAAGCAUACUUAAUGGACAACUGUACUAACUCUUCCCUUAGAAUUUUGAUGGAAUUAAAAGACCAUGCUGAAGCAAAUGAUCUUCCGUUUUAUCUAGGUCAAGCGUAUAAAAAUCUUGGGGAGUAUUACUUGUUAAUCGGCGAUCCAGACAAAGCUACGCCUCUUUUAGACGAAUCAAUAAAAAUCUUUCUAUCUUGCAAAGAUAAAGCAAAAGAAGCGAAUUCGGCAAGACACUUAAGAGCAAUUUCUGCUGGUCUGCAACUAUUUCCUAAAUACGUUGAGGUAUUGCUAAAAGCAGGAAAGCCAGGCCCUAUUGGGAAACGAAAUUUAGCUUCUAUUCUAGCGUGGAAAAAUAAUAGAAGCGACUUUUGGAGCAGUAAAGAACAUAUCAUACCUUAUACCUCAUGUGACGAUAUUAUAGUGGAAAGUGUCAAAAAGGUUGCAGCGAGUCGUGUUGAGGUACUAGAUGCCAAGUUUCUUACCUUGUCAAAAAGUCUGCUUCAUCCAGUUGAUAAAGUUUCUUCUUCGGAAGAAGAUUCAGAAGAUAUUGACGUAACGAAGACUGAAAUUGCUGCAGAUUCGCUUGAGCAUAUUUUUACUCAAGAAGUAAUUCGAGAAAAGUCAUACGAAGAACUAUCUCUAGAUGAAGAAUAAAUGUAAAAUUCUAUUUAGCCUAUUUUAAUUAUUUUCCAAUAAAAUAUACAGUGCAAAUUUUACAAAAUA